AUCCCAUGAGCUGGCAGCCCCUUUACCCUGGGAAAGGGGGCAUGGGGCACUGCCACAACCUGCUGUCCCUUUGCCACUGGCACUGUGCUGCCAGCAGCCCUGACCACGUCACCAGGCCCCCCUCCCCACAGCUAUUUUUAUCGCCCCCCAACCGUGUUUCUCACUGUCCUAUUUUAAGCGGCGCAGUUGGCGCACCGGGAACCCAGUGCCCAGCUCCUGGGGGCCCUGCAGCACCUCACUGCCCGCUCACGCUGCCCGGGCGCAGGGAGCCAUGCCCAGGGAGGCUGCAGAAGACAGCAUGGGAAGGGCUGAGGGUGCUGCGCCGGCAGAGCCUGGGGACCCCGACAGCAGCGAGUCUGGAGCCAUCAGCCUGCGCCCCGUGGAGUCCAUCAGCGACCUGUACUGGGCCUCGGGCGGGCACAAGGGCACAGAGGGUGAGAGGGGGGCAGGGGGGCUGUGCAAGACCCGGCUGUGCCCAUGGCCAGGCUCUGACCCCUUCUCUCCCCUGCCUGCAGGCAAUGGCCCGGCUCCCUCCAGCAGCCUGCACCGGCCCCCGCCUCGGCCCGUGUCCCCCGUGCCCGCGCCGCUCCUGCCCACCCUGCGCCCCGUGCCCCCCGCCAGCCCCUGCCCCUGCCUCGGCCCUGGCCACCCGCUGCUGCUGGCCCUGCUGGCGCUCCUGGCACUGUCGAGCCUGGUCCUGGCCACACUGGCCAUCUACCUGAGCGUCCUGCAGAGCCAGUCGGUGCGGGCGCUGGCCCAGUGGCUGGAGAGCCAGGAGGACGCCGUGCAGCAGCUGCGGGUGGCCAGCAGGCAGCUCUGGGCUCGCCUCAAUGCCAGUGCUCAGCCUGGUGGGCACCGCUGAGCUGCCCCUGAUGCCACCAUGGGCUCUGGGACGCCACAGGAAGGGGCACCGAAGGGCAGGAGGGGGGAGCGGGCAGCCUGACCCGCUGAGACCUGGCAGCAUUGCCCCUUGGGGCACAGGGGCAAUCCCGGACCCUGUCCCAGGCUGCGAGAGAAAGAAACUGGGCUGUAAGGACCUGCAUCCACCCCAGUG